AUGGCGCUGAGACUGCUAGUCGCAUUAUGGCUUGGGACUACAGUACUCGCAGCCGAAGGGUUUAAUCCGAGAGCAUACGAGAAAAAGCAUGUUGAAUGCCCCACUGUCCAUCGGAAAGGAGGUUUGGGGGAACCAGAAGAAACUACAAUCAACAUGAGCUAUGUAGAUAUCAACCCCACGGCAAAUAGGACACUAUUAAUGGUCCACGGUUGGCCUGGACUCUGGUCGGUGUGGUCGAACCAGAUAAUGCAUUUCUCGGAUAAGUACCAUCUUCUCGUACCAGACCUGCGUGGUUUUGGAGACUCGAUACAUCCAGGAGAUGUACAAGCCUCGGGAACCUUCAGCGAUAUUGUUGGAGAUCUCAUUUGUAUACUACAAGAUGCAGGUGUUAGCAAGGCAGUUUGUAUCGGGCAUGAUUGGGGAUCGCCCAUUUGUCACGAGGCUGCAAGAAUGCGUCCUGACCUUUUCGAAGGUGUAGUCGGGGCAUCUCUACCGUACCUUCCGGCUGCAGCUCCGAAGAUGCUGUCCAUAGAAGCCCUGAUAGCAGCCCUUCCGAAGCUCACCUACAACCUCUACUUCAUGUCCGAGACGGAGAAAGCCAUUGCUGAACUGAAUAAAGACGUUCGAAGAACUAUUCGUGCAGCACUACGAAGCCUCGCAUCUCCAUCGCCCUACCGCUUUCUUCGAAGUAAGACGAGCUUCUUAAAGGCGUACAAUCACCUAGAAGAAAUCCCACCUGUUCCCUUUUUCACACCGGAUCAGGAAGACUAUUACGUCGAGCAAUACCAGAAGCAAGGAUUCGAUCACACACUUCAAUUCUAUACUCACGAGAACAAAUACAAAAACUGGGAGUUUGCGCAUAAUCAAGGCAACUUCACGAUCCCCCUCCCGGUUCUCGCCGUCUAUCCAAUAAACGACCCCGUGGCUGAUUGGCCCCUCGUGGCGCUCGUGGCCGGAUCACAUACAUACCUGCCCUAUCUUACAAAGCGAGUACUGCAGACGGCACAUUGGCCCCAUUUGGAGAAGCCGAAAGAGUUUAACGCCAUUCUGGAGGAAUGGCUCGACGACCUUGAUGUGAAAUUGCUCGAAGCGCGUAUCGGCGAACUGAAACGCGAGAUGAGAGCCUUAUCAAAAGAACUCUCGGCGGCGAAAAAGAAGAAGAAAAGGCGAGGAGAGCUGUAG